ACAUUAUAGAAAGUGCGACGCCACGCCCCGCUACACAACGGCCCAUCAGUUUUCAGUUCAGUUGUGUUUUUAUCUAGAAAACGUUACCGAGCCCAGAAUCAAAAUGUUUCAGCCAUAGGAAUAGACGACCGUUCGAAUAUCUAUAUAUAUCUAAAGUGAAAGGUUUGUCGGGUAUUCCUAGGGACCUGACAAAAAAAGACAAUCAAAACCAAAACAAAAGAUAAGAAGUACUCUUACUGCAUUUGAGGACAGCGUCUGCAAAAGCAAGUACAAAUACUUGAACAAACGUUUAGACGAGUCUGGAGAAUGGUUAAAAAGCAAGUCGGUUUAGAAAACAACGCGUCCUUAGUAUUAAGUCAGCAGUCUGAGCAGCAGCCGGAGAAGAAGCACCAGCAGCAGCAUCAACAGCAACAUCAAGACCAUCAUCAUCAUCAUCAUCAAGCUGAGCAAACGCAACGCCUUGAUAUCGAUUUGACACCGGAGGAGCCAAAAAACGAUUUCAACUUUGCUCGCCAGGCAACUGCCACCUAUGCGCCCAUAAACUCAGCGAACUGUCCAAACUAUGAGAGUUUGCACAAGCUGCACCUGCAACAUGCGCAUCUUGUCCCAACGACGCCCUACAAUCUCGACACUGUCCCACCACAGAGUACGGUGGCAUUGGCCGUGUCGGGCGUGCCACUCUCCAUCAUGCCCAAUGAGAUACCUGCUGAGGACGAGGAGCGGCUCGAGCGGAUCUUCAACCAACUGGAUCGCGACGGCGAUGGCAAAAUCGACAUACAAGACCUGUCAGCGGCCCUGCACGAGUUUGGACUCUCCAGUGUCUACGCGGUGAAAUUCCUGCAACAAUCGGACAAGGACCAAAGCGGGAAUGUGGGUUUCGCUGAAUUUCUUCAUUAUGUGCGAGAGCAUGAGAAGAAUUUAUGUCUGCAGUUCUCGCACUUGGACAAAAAUCGGGAUGGCAAAGUGGACUUGGAGGAGCUGAUAUCUGCGUUCAAAGACCUUGGCCUGGACAUUGACGUUGACGAGGCUACAAAACUGCUUGGCAGAAUGGACAAGGAUGGUAGCCUAAACAUAAGCUUUAACGAGUGGCGCGACUUUAUGCUACUGGCGCCCUCGACGGACAUUCAUGAUCUGAUUAAAUUUUGGCGGCACUCUACUGCGGGCGUGCAAGGAUGGCUGAUGUCGGUGAUGUUGCUAUUGGGCAAAUAUGUUAAGCUCCCGGAUACGGAAUUGUACCUCGACAUUGGCGAGGAUAUGAACGUACCUGAUGACUUUACGCAAAAGGAAAUGCAAACUGGUCUCUGGUGGCGACACCUCGUUGCCGGUGGCUUCGCUGGCGCAGUGUCACGCACAUGCACAGCUCCGCUGGAUAGAGUCAAAGUGUUUCUGCAGGUGCAAUCAUGUAAAAUUGGAAUCUCAGAUGGUAUGAAAAUGUUGCUUAAAGAAGGUGGCGUGAGCAGUAUGUGGCGAGGCAAUGGCAUAAACGUUCUCAAAAUUGCACCAGAAACAGCGCUUAAAUUUGCUGCCUACGAGCAGAUGAAGCGAUUAAUACGAGGCAAUGACUCGACACGGCAAAUGACCAUUGUUGAACGCUUUUAUGCAGGCGCGGCAGCUGGAGGUAUCUCACAGACCAUUAUAUAUCCAAUGGAAGUAUUAAAGACACGUCUAGCGCUACGCACGACUGGUCAAUACGCGGGCAUAGCCGAUGCGGCGACUAAGAUCUACAAGACAGAGGGCGGCCGCAGCUUCUACCGUGGAUAUGUACCCAAUAUUCUUGGCAUCCUACCUUAUGCAGGCAUUGAUUUGGCCGUCUACGAAACGCUCAAGCGACGCUACAUAGCGAGCCACGACAACAACGAGCAGCCAAGUUUCCUGGUGCUGUUAGCAUGUGGCAGUACAUCGAGCGCGCUUGGACAACUGUGCUCCUACCCACUGGCUUUGGUACGAACGCGGCUACAGGCACAAGCCGCCCUAACGGUAGCCAGCCAGAUACGCAAAACACAAAUUCCAUUGAAAAGCUGCGAUGCGGGGAGCAACGAAGAGACAAUGACCGGACUGUUCCGCAAGAUUGUGCGGCAAGAGGGGAUUGCGGGACUGUAUCGUGGCAUCACGCCAAACUUCCUGAAGGUGCUGCCCGCCGUUUCCAUUAGUUAUGUUGUCUAUGAAUAUACAAGUCGAGCACUGGGCAUCAAGAUGUCGUGAUUUGUUUACCCCCUCACACUCUCCUUCGUCUGCGUGGCCGUCUGCAGUGCGGAUGCCGUUAAUAUGUGCGAAGUGCGAGUGCAAAUGCGUGUGCAGUUGACUCUAGUGCUGUGCUCUACUUUGUAUAGUAGUGGUAGGUGAGAAGAUACGCUCUCUGCUGCAAUGCCAGACUUCUCUAUAAGUUAAAUGAUUAGAUGCUUUCAUUAAGUGUAGAAAAAGCCUCUUCCAUGCUCUUGGUAUAUAUUUCUGAUAAUUUAUAGUUAAAUUAGUUUUGAUUACUUUCUAAAAAUACAAAAUAAGUGAUACUAUGGCUAAUUUAUUUAUAAAUAUGGAAGAUGUGAACAUUAAGACCGUGGAACAGGGCACGAAACCGAUCACCCAGAAGUUUCUUAAUUUAUCAACAGUAGGCUCACGCCGUUGUAAUUUUAAGUGCUAAUUUAUUUAAAAAUUAAAAUGAAAACAGGUAGAUGACGCCAGAGAGCAGUUUCGGAUAAGUCAUGCGGUUGCAAUGCUUUAUCUAUAAUACCAAAAA